UAUUCCUUUAAACAGCUGAAACGCUUUUCUUGAAUCAGGUUUUAUAGGAUCAUUAUAGACAUGAGUGAAAAUGGGUCCUUAAUUAGCAUCUGUUUUCAUCUAUGAUAUGGUCACAGAUUCAUUAUAGAAGCACAGAGAAUAAAUAUAAGCAUAGUCUUGUGUGCUGUCAAGCAAAGAUAGGUCAUAUCUCUUUUUUUCCACCUAGGUUUUAAUAGCAGGCACAUUCAAAGGCAUGAAGAUCAAACCAGGAUCUUUUGGAAAGGCAUCACCAGGAUAUGAUGUUCAGGUGGUGGAUGAAGAUGGUUCUGUUGUGCCACAAGGCCAAGAGGGAGACCUCGGCAUCAGAGUCAAACCAGACAGGCCUUUCUCUCUUUUUACAGAGUAUACAGGGGAGCCAGAGCGCACGGCAGAAUGUCUCCGAGGCGAUUUCUACCUGACGGGUGACAGGGGAAUGAUGGACGAUGAAGGAUACCUGUGGUUCAUCGGCAGAGCUGAUGAUGUCAUCCUGUCCGCAGGGUACCGCAUUGGUCCAUUUGAGGUGGAAAACGCUUUGAUAGAGCAUCCAGCCGUAGCAGAAUCUGCUGUGGUCAGCAGCCCUGAUCCAGUUCGAGGAGAGGUAGGCAAUGCAUUCUGGGAUUGCCAUCUCCAUGAAGGAUACAUGCAGGGUGGUGACCUUAGAAUUAGGCAAAAAUUACAUAACUUCGAAGACCAGAAUUAUCUGUAGAGUGCUUAUGAUGCAUUUAAAUGGUGUUUAAGUAUGCAGCGCAAAAGAUUUUGUAUGUAGUU